AUGGAGACGUUUGCGCCCCUCACGAAGGCCGAGCGGCGCGAGCGCUUCAUGCACAAGACGCGGGCCGAGGCCGGGUACGUGUUCAAGUACCUCAUCCUGACGCAGAUCAUCGUGUACCUCGAAGCCGGCGCGAUUCCGUGUCUCCUGGACCAGCUCAGCGUGUCCCUCACCCUGGACGCCACGCAGCAGGGCGCUCUGGGAGGCGUGGUCUACCUGGCCCUGAGCGCCGCGUCUCCCCUUUGCGCCUAUUUCCUGCACCGGUUCAACCCCCGCCUCGUCCUGGGGCUCAGUCUCCUCUGCAACAACGUGGCCGUGCUCAUGCUGGCGCUCACGCCCACUGGAUACACGUACAGUGCCAAUAUGCUCAUUCUCGCCCGAGCAGCCGUGGGGUUCACUCAGGCGUUCCCCUGUAUCUACACGCCGCUCUGGGUGGACGAGUACGCGCCCAGGGAAAAGGUGGCGGGCUGGAUGAGCUACCUCCAAGGCAGCGUCCCCAUGGGCGUCAUGCUCGGCUACUUUAUCGGUACCGUGAGCAACUGGCUCGUGCCCGAGAGUUCCCCGCACGUCCAGACGUGGCGCUGGCCCUUUCUGCUGCAGUUUCUAGCACUGCUGCCGGUCAACAUGGCGAUCUUCCUCGUGCCUUCGAAGCACUUGAUCAUCCGCAGUGACAAUGACCGAGAAGCUACUGGCAGUGGAGGCACCGAGAGUGCGAGUGUCAGCUCGUCGGACGGCUGUGAAGACGAAGUGCAGUCGGUGGAAGUUGACGUGGAUGCUGUGAAGACGAGUGUGAAGGGAGACGACGGAGACGCAGAAGGUGCUCGAGAAGACACGAAGAAAACGCACAACGCCGACGGCACGUUACGCUUCGAGCUCGAGCCACUCACUUAUGGACGCAGCGGCUUUCCGAGCACACGUGGCAGAUCUGCUUUUGGUCUGCACAGCUUUUUGGAUGAAGCAGCGGCGGGCACGCCAAUGAGUUCGAGGUCGACGACAUACCAUGACGAAGAAGACGCAUUGCUUGCUGGUGCGAGUAUGUAUGGGCCGAGCAGCCAGCGUAGCUAUCGACAGCUUCUCCAGAACCAGGAACAGCAGUACCACCUCGGUCCUUGCGAAGAGGAUGCAGCGGUGGCAUCGAUUCGGCGGACUAUGAUUCGAACUCCAAGCUCAAACGGUUCGGUACUACCCGAAGCGGUUGGAGUUGAAUUGGAAGCUGGUGAGAGCACUGUCCAUGCCCACCCGGAGAUCUUGACAUCGCCGAUCAGUGCUGAGAGUGCGGGUGGUGAAGCUAUCGUCGUUGUGGCUUCAGCUGCUGCACAACAACCGCCGGUGCCUGUGCCUGAAGGCGGCGCUCCUGCAUCAGCAUCCUAUGGCGCCUUGGAUACAGCAAUAACUCCAGCGAAAACUUCACAGAUAAGCGUGUUGGAAGCCUCGAUCAUGGAAGAUGAGUUCAUUGAGGUGUAUGAGCAAGGCGCGUUUUCGGACGGCUUACGCGAGCUGUUGCGCAUACCUGUGUUCUGUCUCAUUGUGUUCGGCCUCACGACGGUGUACUUUGUCGUCACGGGCGUGCAGUACUGGAGCACCAUCUUCAUGAUCAAGUCACUGCACGCAUCAAAGUACCUCGUCAAUGCGCUGUUCGUCGUCGUUUCCGGUACAGGACCCAUUCUCGGCGUAUUCUUCGGUGGGUGGCUCAUUGACCGAUACGGAGGAUACAGAGGUGUGGCACAGCGUGCAAAGGCUCUGGGAAUCUGCAUGAUUCUCGGGCUGACAGCCUUUUUUAUCUCGGCGGUGACGACGUUCUUCAACGACGUCUUCAUUACCUCUGGCUUCUUGUGGCUGCUGCUCUUCUUUGGCGGCUCGAUUCUGCCAGCUUGCACAGGCAUAUUCAUCUCCGUUGUGCCAGCUGAACAUCGCGCGAUCGCUUCGUCAUUCUCCGUGAUGGUGUUCAAUUUAUUCGGUUACUCUCUGUCGCCGUAUCUCACGGGUCUGAUCAUGGAGUGGGUCAUUUCGAAGCAGGGACAACCGAAGAGCUACUUCGAGUUUUGUGACGAAGCCUGCGCUUACAGGAUUGGAUUCCGUUUCUGCCUCUGUUGGUCCGUGUGGUCCGUCCUGUGCAUCGGUUCCGCCUGGCACAUCGCCUCUCGGCAGGCGGAGAAUGCUCGUCUGGCGAAGAACUUCUAUAUCGCGAAACGCCCGGUAGACGUAGAAUGCUAA